GGGCGCGCGCGGCGGGAGGAGGGGAGCGCGCGUUUCCCGGAACAGCCCGCGCGGAGGAAAGGGAGGAAAAAAAGCCACCCUGCGGCCGGGGCCAGAGCUGGAGCCGCCGCUGCCGCCGCCGCCGCGGCCGUCUGGAGCUCCCCCGCGCGGACGAUGCCUGCCGUGCCCGCCUGGGGCUCGGGGCGGUGAGGCCCGGGGCGCGGGGUAGCUAUGGCGACGGCGAGCGCGGCCCGCGGCGCCGCCUGACAGGUGUGGGCCCCGGCGGCGGCGGCGCGGAGCAGCAUGUACGCCAAGGGGGGCAAGGGUUCGGCCGUGCCCUCCGACAGCCAGGCCCGCGAGAAGUUGGCGCUGUACGUCUAUGAGUACCUGCUGCACAUCGGUGCCCAGAAGUCAGCCCAGACCUUCCUGUCUGAGAUCCGAUGGGAGAAGAACAUCACGCUGGGGGAGCCCCCCGGGUUCCUGCACUCCUGGUGGUGCGUCUUCUGGGACCUGUACUGCGCGGCACCUGACCGAAGAGAGGCCUGCGAGCACUCCGGCGAGGCCAAGGCCUUCCAGGACUACAGUGCUGCAGCCGCCCCCAGCCCUGUUAUGGGGAGUAUGGCCCCAGGUGAUGCAAUGGCCGCAGGCCCCAUGGCGGCUGGCUUCUUCCAGCCCUUCAUGUCACCGCGCUUCCCAGGGGGCCCCCGGCCCACCCUGCGGAUGCCAAGUCAGCCUCCCGCAGGCCUCCCUGGCUCCCAGCCCCUCCUCCCUGGCACCAUGGAGCCCUCCCCACGAGCCCAGGGGCAUCCGAGCAUGGGCGGCCCAAUGCAGAGGGUGACGCCUCCUCGAGGCAUGGCCAGCGUGGGGCCCCAGAGCUAUGGAGGCGGCAUGCGACCCCCACCCAACUCCCUUGCCGGCCCAGGCCUGCCUGCCAUGAACAUGGGCCCAGGAGUUCGUGGCCCGUGGGCCAGCCCCAGUGGAAACUCGAUCCCCUACUCCUCCUCAUCCCCUGGCAGCUACACGGUAAGUCUGAGCAAAGCUGGGUCACCCCUGGGCAGGGGCUGUGGGAUGGCAGAUGAGGGGCCAUUUCUCACGGUUCCUGUCUCCUGUGUGCAGGGACCCCCAGGAGGAGGUGGGCCCCCUGGAACACCCAUCAUGCCUAGCCCUGGAGAUUCCACCAACUCCAGCGAAAACAUGUACACUAUCAUGAACCCCAUCGGGCCGGGCGCCAGCAGGGCUAAUUUCCCGCUUGGCCCUGGCCCGGAGGGCCCCAUGGCCGCCAUGAGCGCGAUGGAGCCUCACCACGUGAACGGAUCCCUGGGCUCGGGCGACAUGGACGGGUUGCCGAAGAGCUCCCCCGGCGCCGUGGCCGGCCUGAGCAACGCCCCGGGCACCCCGCGGGACGACGGCGAGAUGGCGGCCGCCGGGACCUUCCUGCACCCGUUCCCGAGCGAAAGCGUAAGCGACUGCGUCGACUCCCCCCCCGCGGCGGCGUCGGGCCGGAGGGGCCUGGCGGGCAGGCCCCGGCGGGGCGGCCGGGGGGCCAGAGCAAGACCGUGACCGCGGCGGGCCAGGUGGGGGGGCGGCCGCGGCAUCCUUCCCCUCUCCUCAAUCUCUCCCCCCCCCCCCCACCUCCCGCUCCUAGUUCACCGUCCCGAUCCCAUCCGCUCCCACCCCGGGACCCGCGCCCCAGGGCGGCCUUCCCAUGCAUCGUCCCUCCCCCGUUCCCUCCUGUCCCCACCCCAUGUCUGCCCAGGACCCAGCCCUGCCCUGUCCCCCAUUGUCCCUGGGGGCGGGUCCCAGCAUCUUCCAGAGCUGAACUCGGCCUCUGCGCGCUGCCCCCUCCUCUCUCCGCAGUACUCGCCAGGGAUGACCAUGAGCGUGUGAUGGGGCGGCAGCCCCGGGCCUCUCUGCGGGCCUAGGCUUCUGCCCAGCGCCCCUGCUCAGGGCGAGGGGCUGAGGUCACACCUCGGGCACCUGGACUCCUGGCCAAUCAAGGCUUGCCCAGCUGGGAGGCCCCACACGAAAAGACUCUUACAUUUUAUUAAAAACGCAAGGACCUCA